AUGUCUAACAGUGAAAUCAACGAAAUAACUGAUGACGAAGACGUACCUCUCGACUCGUUAUUGCACAAGACUGUAAUAAACCUGGAAAAUGCCUUGCGCGAAUCGGAUAAUUUACUGAAGGAGCGCAAUGAUGAAGUCAAGAAAUUAAGGACCGAACUUGAAGAUGUUACAAUAUCGCAAAGAGAACUAAAACAGAAAAACGAUCACUUAACUGAUUUAUUAUCACAAAAUGCAUCAAAAUUAAAUAAUAUCAAAGUAACAACAAAUGACUGGCAAUUAGAAAUCGAAAAUUUAAAAGAAGAGACUGAAGAUUUAAAGGGAAGACUUAAUGACACAUUAAAUAUCAAGAAACAACUAACUUAUCAAGUGGAAGAAUACAGUCAAUCUUGUUGUGUAUUAAUGAAGGAGAUGGCUAGAAUUCGGUCAGAAAUGGACAGUACAACAGAAAAUCUGGAACAACAGAAUGCCAAGAACAGCAAUUUAAAAGAAGCGUUAUUCGAUUUUUUUACUAAUCAGACAGUUAACGACAAUGACUCCAUCGAUUUACUCUUAAAGAACUGUGAUUGUAAUAACGAAAGUUUUAAGAUUCUUAAAAAGAAAUUAUUCAGCGUUAGGAAAUACCUCAAAUCCCUGGAAAACUAA